UUCCGGCGCGCACUCCCGGAAGCGCAGCGCCCGUGUCGGGAGAGGUUUUCCCGUUGUCACCGACGCCCGCCACCGCCCCCGCCAGUCAUGCCGAAGCACGAGUUCUCUGUGGACAUGACCUGUGGAGGCUGUGCUGACGCUGUCACGCGUGUCCUCAACAAGCUGGGAGGAGUCGAGUUCAACAUUGAUCUGCCCAACAAGAAGGUUUGCAUUGAGUCUGAGCACAGCACCGACACCCUGCUGGCGACCCUGAACAAAACAGGAAAGGCCGUUUCCUACCUAGGCCCCAAGUAGCAAGGCCUGGGCCCCAGCCCUCAGGAUGGAUUGAAGGGCAGGCUGCGGCUGCGGCUCCCACAGCGACACACCCUGUCCGCGGAGUUCCUGCGCCCGCCGAUGCCGCCUUGCCUCUCCCUCCCAGCUUCCCUGGAAUAAAGUCGCGCUGCCUUUGCUGAA